UCAGACAGCAGAGCACAGGUCGAAGUGUCCAAGUACACACCGGGACAGACCCUCCGUCAGUGGGUUUCCCUUCCCGGGAGGCCAGGAGCCCGAGAGAGAGACAGAGCCAAGUGUCACCUGGCUUUUCACUCAUUCCUGAUUUAACAGGAAGACCAGCGUAGAACGCUCCAAAAUGUUUUUCAGACUCCCAAGACUGACUCCAGGCUACAUCAGGCUGCUGCAGACGCAGGCCUACCAUAACGUGUCUGUGACGCCUCCAGCGGAGAAGACCGUGCCCGGCAUGGCUAUGCUGCUGGGGGCCUUGGGGAUCGGGAUGUGUGGCUACAGCUCCCGCCAGUUGGCCCUCCACCACCGGCCCUCUGCACGUGUGCUGCAGUUGGUCGGCACACACACUGAUGCCAGCACGGCGGGCGCUGCGGCCCAUCGGACCCCCUUCCUGGAUGUUAGUCGCCGGGCCGGUACCACCCAGGAGAUCCCACCUCCCUCCUUUGUGGGCCAGAAAGUUCACUUGAAAUAACCUGCGAUGCUAAAUUGGAUAUAGAUUGGUCAGCAUCACAGGUUGAGCUCCAGUAACUACACUUAUGCACAUCUAAGAUUGUAGCUAUGCAGGCCCAUUGCACCAAUGUGGCCCAUGUGCUCUCUGAUGAUGCGCAAGUGUGGAUAUUUGACUGACCUCAACCUUUAUGUUGGCAGGAAGUUGGAUGUCUUCUAAUGAAUUCUGUAACUAGCGCAACACAUAUAAAAAUAGUUUAAACGCUCUUGGAUUGUAUCAAUUAGUCACUAAUAUUAGAGGCUUUAAUUCACUGAGAGGGCACUAAGCAAUGUGAAUGAUUGGAUGAGUACGUAAUGAUGCUGGAACUUCCCAAAGACUGUCGCUGAAUGUAGCUUGAAGGAGCAAAUGUGUUUAAUUUGGAGACAUUGUGCAUCUUUUUGAGGCAUGGCGUGAAAAGCGGCCGAUGCUUGGCAGCGCCCUCAGUACGCAGAUGGUUGGCAACCCUCUCUGUGCGGCCCCACCGCCGCUCCUUCCCUCCGCAGGCAGACGGCCACGUGUGAGUGCUUGAGCGGCCCAUCCCUGCCCAUGACUUCAGCUGAUUUCCUCUGAGGAGGAGCAGGUGCCAUCCAUCAACAAGCCUUGGCGUUUGCCGCCGAGGUCUGGCAUCGGCUGUCAAUCAAGUGACAGUGGCGGAAGACGCGGGCCGGUUUAGUGGCCGCUGCUUCCUGCGUUCAGAAAAGUUAAAUUCUCCAAGGGUUUGGUCAGAGCGGCGAAAGAAUAGCAGAGUGGCAGGGCUGUAUCGUGGGUUGAAAACACACAACAGGAGAACGUUAAGUCGUGUAAACAACACAAACACAUUGCUGGAUUAUGAAUCCUAAUUUACCGGGCUGGGACGCUGCGGGUGGCAGGCGGGCGAGGCGGAGUGGUGAUUCCUCCAGGAUAAGCCUGUGUCCUCUGUGGGGAUUACUCCAGGUGGAAAAUCAUUCCUGGCACACGCAGUCAUUCACCUAAUCUGGUAUUAGAGACAAGGGCUCGCGAGAGGCAGACAGUCCCUGUGAAUCCAAACUUUGUACCAUUCCCCCUGCAGGGUCCACCAUUCGUCCCACUGCGAUCCAUGAAUUUAUAGAUUAUGGGAUUGGUGUUUCCAUUUGUGUUUACACCAAAAAUGUAGCAGUGACAAGGGACUUGAGAUUUGGCGAGACGCUGAGUGUGGUUGAGAGUGCGUGCUGUGCCUUAUGGAUAACACAGGGUCAUACUGUCUUUAUCAAAACUGCAUCUUAUUUUGAAGUAUAUUUCAAACAUUUUGCGUUUCCGCUAUCAUGAGUGAGAGAUCAUUUUUUUUCUCCACCGGCAGGGGACAGGCGGAGGAGAAAGUUCACCAGUAUUCUGGAAAGGUUUGAAAAAGGAGGACGGUGACAAAGCAGAGUGUUUCAUCACUUAGAGGUCAGCCAGACCUUGUAAUCCAGUUUUUCAUUGCUCAACAGCCACCCGUGUCUGUCUGCCAAACUGGAUCAGCGGCUGGUUGUUGCAGGUUGGGAGUUUUUAGAGCCCCGGUAGUGGCCCUCCCAAGCGCUAGCACAUUUGGUCACCGACAAAAUGGUCGUAAUCCACUCAGCAGAGGGGGCUAAUGGUUCCAACUGGCAUCAGACACUGAACAGUCGGUGACCUUACUCUGGACAGAGACUGACACCUAUAAACAAUUUCAUAAUGGGGUUGUGAUGGCCUCAAAACAACAGGAUACUCUGUCACACUGUGUGCGCCUGAUGAAAAAAUAAAUGGUACACCUGGGUUAUGAAACUUUGUUUUUGCGAACAGCUGAUUCAGAUAUGUAAUCAACAUGCAAGGUCUGAAAGCACCUGUCAUGCUGGCACUGUGCUGCAUUUUAUGGUCACAUUCACGAGUGUGAAGUCAAUGUGGGCGGGGGCUGCAGGUUGUGUGAUGCUCCUGGCUGGUUUUGAUGGAUUUUCUCCACGCUGCGGCGGCGCGCAGUGAGCACAGAGCACUGUCGAAACCUAUUGAUCUAAAUCAGAGAGUGAGGGAGAGCUCGUCUCCUCACUGCAGCAAACUUCCUGUUUCACUCAGCACUGUGCAGUUUAUGAGAGAGAGCUGCCAAGGCAGUCCACUGACAAAAAGGAAUAUCUGGAAACAUGUUUGCCGGUGGAAUAAAAUAGUGGGAAUGUUUGAAAGCACAGUACUCAUCUGUUGUCACAUUGCAUGCUGCUCAUUCAUUCCAGUCUGUAAAGGUCUACAAACUCCAGUUCAGCUGCGCCCACUGAGGGACAGAUUUGUUCUGUAAGCAAUAUAAUUGAUUUUAAAUGAAAAGAUGUUGGACGAGAUCUAUGAAAUAAAAGCAUUUGGCACACAUGCUGCUCUAUUUUUGUACUUAGUCGCACCUGUGGGUCACAUUGUUUUGUACAGCGUUGUGCAAUGAAGUUGUGCUUUUUGUACCAAG